AAAGAAGAAAAAAAACUGAACUUAGUCAGUGUUAUUAAGCGUUAGCGAAAAAAACCUUUUUGAAAUGUCUCGCAUUAUUUUCAUAGUUUUAAGUGUAUUAGCAUAUCAUACACUUGGCGCGACAGCAGCGAAAAAUAUCGAAAACUCCGGCAGUCAUCAUGUAACAUUUGGUGCCCAGAGUCCCCGGGAGGUACAUUUGGGGCGUUACACGGCAAUGGAGAGAUUUAAGCCGGUAAAGGUUGUUGAGGGCGAUUUCGUUUAUAGGCCAAAGCCCAAUGAUUUACAAUACAGCCGCACCAUAACACGAAUUGUCAUCACCGACCAAUACGACAAUGGCAAUGGCGGCUAUGCCACCCUAAAAGAUGGUGGACCAAGCACCAACUUUGCCAUAAUUCAUUUGAAGUCACAACGCAAUCAUGGCUAUAAUUUUGUUAUUGACAUUUAUGGCAUAUAGAAAUGUGCGUUGGCCUUUGACAAAAUUUAUUUAAAUCUAAUUAACCGCAGAAAAAAAGUGUUCGACACAAAAAGCUAAAGGACAGUUAGGUGAAUGGAUUUUUAUUGGAUGCAUUUAUGCUGUUCAUGGAAUUUUAUGGAAAAACCACUAAUUGAUAUUUUUGCAGUAUGUAAAUUAUGAUUAUUUAUUGAUCAUUUGCAAUGGCAUAAAAAGCGGGAUUCAAUUUAUUAAAAUAA